ACAGUUUUAAAAUACAGAAAAAGCGUCUAUCAAACAGAGGAAGGCAGGGAAGCAGUCGCAAUUAUUCGUUUCCGUGAAAACGUGAACAAAUACCAGCGUACUAUUAAUCCCAAGGCAAACGCCUUUAAAUUCUUUCUUUGUAAGCUAACAAGGCGGAUUAGGUUUGCUAUAGAUAAGCUAACUGACUAACCUAAAGCAUUGUAGAAUCAAACGCUGUAUUUAGAGCCAUAGUUUAUUCAAGCAGAAACCCGGUACUUGAGCGUUUCGUUGUUGAUUCUAUUCCAACGUGUCGCGUACACUGACGUCAUAACCAUGACUCAGCAGAGAAUACACAUCGGGGUUCUAGCUGUACAAGGAAACUUCGCAGAACAUAAAGCUUCAUUUCAGCAAGCAAUCGUAAAGCUGAAAACUACGGACUUUCCGUAUAAAGUCGAAAUAUCUGAAAUACGCAGAACUGAAGAGAUUGAUGACGCAUUAGAUGGUUUGGUUAUCCCCGGCGGGGAAACCCCAACAAUGACAGUGGCUUUGCGGAGAAACGGAUUCUUUGAAAAACUGAAAGCAUGGACGCAGAGAAAGGAUAAGUACACGUGGGGAACAUGCGCUGGAUUGAUUCUGUUGUCGAAUAAAUUGGACGGAGACGGUAAAGGCGAAGUUAUCCCGAUUGGAGGACUAGACAUCACUUGUCGGAGGAACGCGAAAGGAAGACAGUUUGAAAGUUUUGAGGAGUCGAUACGCUUGACUGACCACGAGCUGUGCGCGCUCAACCGUAGCGAGAACUUCCACGGAAUAUUCAUCCGCGCGCCUGGGAUCAAAUCGGUUGAUGACGUAGGCACUGACGUAUUAUGUGUACUUCCUGGCAAUGGUGAGGUAGUGGGGGUAAGGAAGGGUAACCUCAUGGGUUGCACUUUUCACCCUGAGCUCACUGGCGACUCCAUGUGGCAUGAAUACUUUAUAAAGAUGGUGGGAAGCAGAAAAUCUUAGAUAAAGUAUUUUAUCCCGGGCUGUGGGGGAAUUAUAGAAUAGUUAUGUUUUUUACUAAACUAGUGCUUUUUAAAGUUAUUAAUAAAAUAUACUUGGGGAAA